CCGGGGCAGGGCCCGGACUGGGAAGCAGAGCAGGGGCCUGGGCCGGGCUCCAGCCAAGAAGCCCCGCGGCGCGCAGCUCCCGUGCUGGGCAGGGCCUGGCGCUUUGAGUCUCGGCGCGAGGCUGCGGUGCAGGGCGCCAUGGCGCUGCGUGCGGCCGUGUUCGACCUGGACGGAGUGCUGGCGCUGCCCUCGAUCUUCAGCGCCUUCAGCAAGGCCGAUGAGGCCCUGGCGCUGCCCAGAGGCUUCCUGAAUGAAUCUUUCCAGGAAGGAGGCCCGGAUGGGUUCAGCGCCCGCCUCCUGAGAGGAGAGAUCACGCGUUCCCAGUGGGAGCCGCUCCUGGAAGGACACUGCAGGCAACGUUCCAAGGCCUCUGGACUCUGCCUGCCCGAGAAUUUCUCUAUACAUCAGAUCUUUGGCCAGGCGAUCUCAGCGAGGAAGAUCAACAACCCCAUGCUCCAGGCGGCUGUCACUCUCAAAAAGAAGGGAUUUAUCACCUGCAUCCUCACCAACAACUGGCUGGAUGACAGUGCCGAGAGAGGCGGCCUGGCCCAGAUGAUGUGUGAGCUGCACCCGCACUUUGACUUCCUGAUAGAGUCGUGUCAAAUCAGAAUGCUCAAGCCAGAGCCUCAGAUCUACAAGUUUGUGCUGGACACGCUGAAGGUCAGCCCCAGUGAGGUUGUUUUCUUAGAUGACUUCGGGAGUAAUCUGAAGCCGGCCCGUGACUUGGGAAUGGUCACCAUCCUUGCCCGUGACACCGACACAGCCCUGGGAGAACUGGAGAAAGUAACCGGGGUGCAGCUUCUCCAUGCUGCAGCCCCUCUGCCAACCGCCUGCAAUCUGAGUGACGUGAGCCAUGGGUACGUGCCUAUAAAGCCGGGGGUCCACCUGCAUUUUGUGGAGCAGGGCUCAGGCCCUGCAGUGUGCCUCUGCCAUGGGUUUCCUGAGAGCUGGUUCUCCUGGAGGUACCAGAUCCCUGCUCUGGCCCAGGCGGGCUACCGGGUCCUGGCUGUGGACAUGAAGGGCUAUGGAGCGUCGUCUGCCCCUCCCGAAAUAGAAGAAUAUUCCAUGGAGGUGUUAUGCAAGGAUAUGGUGACCUUCCUGGAUCACUUGGGCAUCCUGCAAGCCGUGUUCAUCGGCCAUGACUGGGGUGGCAUGCUGGUGUGGAGCAUGGCCCUCUUCCACCCAGAGAGAGUGAGGGCAGUGGCCAGUUUGAACACUCCCUUCAUACCUGCAGAUCCCAACGUGCCCGCCAUGGAGAGAAUCAAAGCCAACCCCGUGUUUGACUACCAACUCUACUUCCAAGAGCCAGGAGUGGCUGAAGCUGAACUGGAACAGAACCUGAGUCGGACUUUGAAAAGCUUCUUCAGAGCAAGUGACGAGGGUUUUCUCACCGUGCAUAAAGUCCGUGAGAUGGGAGGACUCUUUGUGAAGACCCCAGAAAAUCCGAGCCUGAGCAGGAUCGUCACCGAGGAGGAAAUCCAGUUCUACGUGCAGCAGUUCAAGAAGUCUGGUUUCAGGGGCCCCCUGAACUGGUACCGAAACAUAGAGAGGAACUGGCAGUGGGGCUGCAAGGGCGCCGGGCGGAAGAUCCUGAUUCCGGCCCUGAUGGUCACGGCGGAGAAGGACCCCGUUCUUGUUCCUCAGAUGUCCAAGCACAUGGAGGAGUGGAUCCCACACCUGAAAAGGGGGCACAUUAAGGACUGUGGACACUGGACACAGAUGGAAAAGCCCUCCGAGGUGAACCAGAUCCUCACUGAGUGGCUGGACACGGAUGUCAGGAGCCCGCAGGUGGUCUCAAAGAUGUAGGGCUUGUGCCGGCACCAGCAGCACCCGCGCUUCCGUCGCUGGGACUCUGCCCUUGCUACCCCAGCGUGGCCCUACACGCACCUCCUGUAAGCAGCGGCACUGUCCUGAACAGGCUUGCCGCGAAGAGGGGGUUUCUUUAACUGAACUCAAUCCCAUGUGAUGAAUUCAAGUACGAUUAAUUCUGGGUAUAAAUGGGUCGCUGCUUUUUCCCUGAGGACAGUCAGUGUGUCCUGGCUGGGGACAGAAUGUAGCUGCCGGGUGGUGGUUUCUUGUUGACAGAUGGAAGCAUCUCAGUGGAGAUGGAAAGCCUCCAUAAAGCUCACUCAACUGUG